AUUACUUGUUAGUUUUGUUAGAAGGUUAGUGAGAGAGAUGCAAACCCACACCUCUCCCUUCCUUUGGGAAGAAUUAAAGACUGAAGCAGAAGAAUUGGUCUACGUAUUCUAAGUCAUCCAUCCAACAGUUUCAUUUUUCUGGCCAAUAGUAGUAGUAGUAAAAAGUGUGUGGUUGGGUAUAAAUAGCCAUAAGAUGCACCCCUAACACUCAAAGCAUCACUUUGGUAUAUAAUAUUCAAGGCUAAUGACUUCUUUACAGUGAUCUCCAUCAAUCAUUAGUUUUUGGCCAAAGAAAAGGAAGAAGCUGUUUACCUUGUGGCACAUACAUAAUUUCCGUGUAGAGACAGAAAGAUCCUGUGUGCAGUUGUUCCGAUCCAACACCAUAUCGUAUUUCUUUGUCUUGUUUAUUUCUUUUGGUAUUAUUUUUUCUUGGUUAUUUUGAAAACUGAAGGGUGUAGAGGAAAAAACCAUGUCAGACAAUAACACUACUCCUCAAAUAAAGUAUGAUGUUUUUGUUAGCUUCAGGGGCAAGGACAUCCGCCAGGACUUUCUUAGCCAUUUGGUUGAGGCUUUUGACAUGAAGAGAAUAUAUGCCUUUGUAGAUAAUAAACUUGAGAAAGGGGAAAAGAUAUGGAAAUCACUUGUUGAAGCAAUUGAAGGAUCAUUGAUUUCAUUGAUCAUAUUUUCACAAGGCUAUGCUUCUUCUCAUUGGUGUUUAGAAGAACUUGAGAAAAUACAUGAAUGCAAAGAGAAAUAUGGACAAAUUAUAAUCCCCGUUUUCUACCAUUUAGAACCCACACAUGUACGAUAUCAAUCAUCUGAUGCAUUCGAAAAAGCAUUUGCUAAGCAUGGAAAAAAAUAUGAGAGCAAGGUGCAACAAUGGAGAGAUAUUUUGAAGAAAUCUGCUGAUUUAUCAGGAAUCGAGUCAUCAAACUUUAAAACUGAUGCUGAGUUGGUUAAAAAAAUUACCAAUGUUGUGCUGAUGAGGCUGCAUAAAACCCAUGUUAACUUGAAAAGACUUGUUGGAAUUGGCAAAAAAAUUGCAGAUGUGGAAUUGUUGAUACGCAAAGAACCAGAAGACAUCCGUCUUAUUGGAUUAUGGGGUAUGGGCGGUAUUGGCAAGACAAUCCUUGCAGAACAAGUAUUUAUUAAACUACGGUCUGGAUAUGGAGGUUGUUUAUUUUUAGCCAAUGAAAGAGAACAAUCAAGGAAACAUGGGAUGCUUUCUUUGAAGGAAAAAGUUUUUUCUGAACUACUAGGAAAUGGUGUUAAAAUUGACACGCCAAAUUCGUUGCCUGAUGAUAUUGUUAGGAGAAUUGGUCGAAUGAAAGUUCUUAUUGUUCUUGAUGAUGUGAAUGAUUCAAAUCACUUAGAAAAAUUACUUGGACCUCUUGGUAAUUUUGGAUCAGGUAGUAGAAUCAUUGUAACAACUAGAGAUAUGCAAGUUCUUAAAGCUAACAAAGCUGAUGAGGUAUACCCGCUUAGAGAAUUCAGUUUAAAUCAAGCACUUGAACUUUUCAAUUUGAAUUUCUUUAACCAAUGUGAUGAUCAAAGGGAGUAUGACAACUUAUCAAAAAGGGUGGUCAAUUAUGCCAAAGGCAUUCCAUUAGUUCUUAAUGAGUUGGCUUAUCUUCUUCGUGCAAGAAAUAAGGAAGAGUGGGGAAGUGAGUUAGACAAGCUUGAAAAAAUACCUCUUCCAGAAGUUUAUGAUAGAAUGAAACUGAGCUAUGAUGAUCUAGAUCCCAAAGAGCAACAAAUUUUUCUAGAUCUUGCGUUUUUCUUUGGUAGAUCACAUACAGAGAUAAAGGUGGACUAUCUGAAAUCUUUAUUGAAAAAAGAUGGUGAAAGUGGAGAUUCAGUGUUUAUUGUGUUAGAAAGGAUGAAAGAUAAAGCUCUCAUAACUUCCUCUAAAGAUAAUUUUAUAUCUAUGCAUGAUAGUUUACAAGUUAUGGCUCAGGAGAUUGUUCGUCGAAAGUCUAGCAAUACUGGAAGCCACAGUCGGUGGUGGGAUCUUGAUGACAUUCAUGGAGAAAUGAAAAAUGACAAGGUUACUGAGGCCAUUAGAAGUAUACAAAUUAACUUGCCAAAAAUUAAGGAGCAAAAGUUAACGCAUCACAUAUUUGCUAAGAUGAGCAGUCUAAAAUUUCUGAAAAUUUCUGGCGAAGAUAAUUAUGGUAACGAUCAACUUAUUCUUGCUGAAGAGCUUCAAUUUUCGGCAAGUGAACUAAGAUUUCUUUGUUGGGAUCAUUGCCCUCUAAAAUCCUUACCAGAAAGUUUUUCUAAGGAAAAACUUGUAAUGUUGAAAUUGCUACGCAGCAAAAUAGAAAAACUUUGGGAUGGAGUUCAGAAUUUGGUGAAUUUAAAAGAAAUUAACCUCAGUGGCUCUGAGAAGUUAAAGGAGCUGCCAGAUUUAUCAAAAGCCACAAAUCUUGAAGUACUGCUUCUCCGUGGUUGUUCUAUGUUGACUAGUGUGCAUCCAUCUGUUUUCUCUCUGAUAAAACUUGAGAAAUUGGACCUUUAUGGCUGUGGCUCCCUUACCAUUCUCUCAAGCCAUUCUAUAUGCAGCCUUAGUUAUCUCAACCUUGAACGUUGCGUGAACCUUAGGGAAUUCUCAGUGAUGUCGAUGAAUAUGAAAGACCUGAGAUUAGGAUGGACCAAGGUCAAAGAACUUCCCUCAUCAUUUGAACAGCAAAGCAAGCUUAAAUUGCUACAUCUAAAAGGAAGUGCCAUUGAGAGGUUACCUUCAUCCUUCAACAACCUUACACAACUGCUACAUCUAGAGGUAAGCAAUUGCAGCAAUCUUCAAACAAUACCAGAGCUUCCGCCGCUCCUUAAAACUCUAAAUGCACAAUCCUGCACCUCACUUCUGACUCUACCAGAGAUUUCCUUGUCCAUUAAAACUCUAAGUGCCAUAGACUGCAAAUCAUUGGAGACUGUAUUUCUUUCAUCGGCUGUCGAACAAUUAAAGAAAAAUAGGAGACAGGUUCGGUUCUGGAAUUGCUUGAACUUGAAUAAAGAUUCUCUAGUGGCUAUUGCGUUGAAUGCACAAAUCGAUGUGAUGAAAUUUGCAAACCAACACUUAUCUCCACCAAGUCAAGAUCUUGUUCAAAAUUACGAUGAUUAUGAUGCCAAUCAUCGCUCUUAUCAAGUGGUUUACGUGUAUCCAGGAAGCAAUGUUCCAGAGUGGUUGGAGUAUAAGACAACAAAUGCUUAUAUAAUUAUUGAUCUCUCUUCUGGUCCACCUUUCCCCUUCCUUGGCUUCAUUUUCAGCUUUGUCAUUGGUGAGUACCUACACACAGACACCAAGGGCAGACUUGAAGUUAGCAUCACUAUAAGUGAUGAUGAGAGUGAAGGCAAUCAGGAUAGUGUCAGAAUGUACAUAGAUUUUGAAGGUAGGAAAAUUGAAUCAGAUCAUGUGUGUGUGGUGUAUGACCAAAGAUGUUCCAGCUUCCUAAGUAGCAAGGUCAAAAAUCAAACAAGGUUAAAAAUCAAGGUUACAAUGGGGGUGCCAGAUUAUGCACUGCCACAAGGUUAUAAUAGAGGUGUGAGAUUCGGUGUCAGUCCAAUAAGCACCUCGGCUUAUGAGAGUUUCAUUCAACAAAUGAAAUUGCGUAAUUCAAUAUCUCAGUUUCAUUAAACAAAUGGAAUUGAGUUGUGCUUCAUAUCGUCAUUCCCAGUAAAAGUAGAUCAUAUGAUAUGAUCUGGUAGAAAGAUUUAGCAGAAGACUGAUCUGAGGCAUCCAAACUCAUACUACCCAUCAGUUCUCAAUUUCUUCAAAGGGCAUGAUGCAUACAAGCUCUAACACAUGAAGGUUGUGCUGCACCAUCCAGAGCCAUUCCAGAGGAUCAAUCAGGUUAACAGUAAAUUUAGAAUAUGGCUUUACUUGCUGAAGAGACCAUUGGCAAAUUCUUGCAGCUACUAGUGCAGAGAAGGAUAAUGGGCAAUAAUCUGUAGUUGUAGGGCGAGCCCUGGUACAGUAGUUAAGUUGCGCCUUGGUGACCGAUUGGUCAUGGGUUCAAAUCUGGAAACAACUUCUUUGUAUAUGCAAAAGUAAAGUUGCGUACAAUGAUCCACCCCCAUACCUUUGCAUGGCGAGGAACCUUCUGGCACCAAGGUACAAUAGUUUUAACGCUCAGUCUGCAGCCACAAAUUCAAAUUUUUUCACCUAAAAGUUUUUGAAAGUAUGUGUAUGAGAAUUGUGCUAGUCUUUGUAUAUUGUCUUAGUAGAAUAGAUGCUCAUGGAGUUCAGUCCCUUGAGUUAUCUGUUAAAUGCAUGUUAUGUACCUUCCUCCUUUAUGAUGGGUGAUGAUGUUAUUUAAAAAAAAAUCCCAAAUUUGCGGAUGAAUCUGAAAUCUUAAUUUUGAAAUAUCAAGAAUGGAGACAGAAACAUCUGUAGCAAUUUGAUGCACCUUACAA